CAAGAAGAAGAGGAAGAAGAAUAAGUAUAACGAUUCUGCUAUUUGGUAGCUUAGCCAGAAUGUGCCUCUAAAUAUGUGACAUAUGUGAGGUUAACCAAAUUGCGGAUACACUCUCUCCUUUGACUGCCAUGACCUGCAAACCAUGGCGGCAUAUUAUUUUCUGUUGAACAUGGGCAUCUCGGCCGAAAAGGACUACUGCUGUUUCUGCUGCUCUUGUUGUUAUUGUAGCUAGCGCUAGAGUUAGCUAAUAAGCUAACACUGCUGUCUCCGCUCUCAGCAUAACCGAUGUUGAUUCAUUGCUGCGGGGCAGUAAACCGCAAAAACAAGGUAACUCUGGAGCAAGUUGCCGGCAUCAACAACUGACCUUAGCAAUGUUUAUGUUACGCUUCGGAAAUCAUUAGGUAAUUGGCCUUGGUCACUAUUUUAGGCAGGGUUGUAUUGCACGAUAUGAAAGCGUUAUUUGACAAGUGAAAUUAAACACCGAAGUUACAGCUGCAUGCUUUAGAAGAACACAUCAUUUAAAAUGAUAUUUCUAGCUAAGGUCAGCUAACACCAACCUAACGCUGCCAGCAGUUAUUGCUGUCUGCAAGUUUUGAGAUGGAGCAGAAGAUAGCAGCAAGUGAGAUGGCUCUCGUUCUUCACAGCACAUCUGUCUGAGUUGUAACGCCCGUGAAAGAGAAAUCAUGUCUUGCAAAGCCGCAACCAAGGACAAGAAGUCGAGCUUCAGCAAGAAGCUGUUCAGGCGAGGCUCUGUGCGCUCUGCUGGCAGCUUUAUGAGCAGAGUCCUGAGGACACUGACAGCGUUAUCACACUUUGGAUCUGAAGUGCAAACAGAAGAUGACAAAGAUGAUGGGGGAUUUUCCACUUUUAAAUCUGGUUGUAAAGAUGUGCCCAUGGAUGAUGGGGACCUCGCCGGUCUUCUGUCCGGAGAGAGAAUUCCUGGAGUGUCAGGUCUAAAAAACCACGGGAAUACCUGCUUCAUGAAUGCAAUUCUGCAGUGUCUCAGUAACACUGAACUAUUUGCUGAGUACCUCGUUUUGGAGCACUACAAAGGCGAGGAGCUGGAUGAGGACAAACCAAAGACCAAUGGUUUACUUCUGCAGAAGAAGGGUCCUCUGGCCAAAGGAGAAGUCACAGAGCAGCUGUCAGGACUUGUGCGGGCUUUAUGGACGUUUGAGUAUACCCCGCAGCAUAGCAGGGAUUUUAAGAAUGCUGUGUCGAAAAAUGCCACCCAGUUCAAAGGGAAUGCUCAGCAUGAUGCUCAGGAGUUUCUGCUGUGGUUGCUGGACAGAGUACACGAGGACCUCAACACAGUCAACCCCAACAUCCGGCCUGCUAUAAAGCCACCUAUUGAAGAAGACGAUCAAAGCAUAGAGGGUCCAUCUCCUCCCCUCUCCGCUGGCUCGUUUGUACAAGAACUGUUUCAGGCUCAGUACAGGUCUUCUCUUACGUGCCCACAUUGCCAGAAGCAGAGCAAUACGUUUGAUCCCUUCCUGUGCAUCUCCUUACCGAUCCCACUGCCACACACACGGCCCCUGUAUGUGACAGUGGUCUAUCAGGGGAAGUACUCUCACUGCAUGAGGAUCGGAGUUGCUGUUCCCCUCAACAGCACCGUCUAUCGCCUCAGAGAUGCUGUGGCACGUGAGACCAAGAUCCCAAUGGACCAGUUUAUUUUGACUGAAAUGUACUAUGAUGGUUUUCAUCGUUCAUUUUGUGAUGAUGAUGAUGAUCUUGACAUCAUUCAAGAGAGUGAUUCCAUAUUUGCCUUUGAGACACCAGAGACCUUCAAACUGGAAAACAUACGCACAAAAAGAGGAAGUCUUCUGGCAAACCUGAAUCAUAACAACUUGAAGUAUGCGACAGAAAUCAGCAGGACUCCGUCUUUCAUGCAAGGGGCCAUGACUCCUUUAACUGCAUCACCUAAUAAAAACCUGGGACCAGAAAAGAUUAUCCUUCUGGUGUGUAACAGGGCUUGUACCGGCCACCAAGGAAAGAGGUUCGGACUGCCUUUUGUACUGUACAUGGAGUGCACUGUGACCUGGGAUGCUCUACAGAAAGAGAUCCUAGAGAAAAUGCGUCAUCUUUUGAGGCCAGGGGUAUACAUUCAGGUUGGACCUUUCAGUCUUCGGGUGGUUGGCGUCGUUGGUAUCACCUACCUCCUUCCUCAAGAUGAGCGCCCACUGUGUCACCCAACUGUGGAAAGAGCAUACAAGUCCUGUGGACAAGGGGGGCCACCACAUGUGAAGAUUGUGGUAGAGUGGGACAAAGAGACCAAGGACUAUCUGUUUGGACACACUGAGGAGGAGUACAUUCCUGAUGCUGAGAGCGUGUAUCUGCACAGGGAACAACAUCAUCAGCCACAGGCCUGCACUCUUGCUCAGUGCUUUCAGCUCUACACUAAGGAGGAGCAGCUGGCCCCAGAUGAUGCCUGGCGCUGUCCCCACUGCAAGCAGCUGCAGCAGGGCCGCAUUAAGCUCAGCCUGUGGACGCUGCCGGAUGUGCUUAUACUGCAUCUCAAGAGGUUCAGACAGGAGGGGGACCGGAGGGUGAAGAUGCAAAACAUGGUGAGGUUCCCGCUGAUGGGCAUGGACAUGGCACCUCAUGUGGUUAAGAGAAGCCAGAGUAGCUGGAGUUUACCUUCUCAUUGGUCGCCAUGGAGACGCCCAUAUGGCCUGGGAAGGAACCCAGAUGACUACCUGUAUGACCUGUAUGCUGUGUGCAACCACCAUGGAAACAUGCAUGGAGGCCACUACACAGCGUACUGUAAGAACUCCAUCGAUGGUCAGUGGUACUGCUUUGAUGACAGCGAGGUUUCCCCAGUAGCUGACGAUGACGUGUGUCAGCAGUCCGCCUAUAUACUGUUCUACCAGCGGAGGACAGUUAUUCCCUCCUGGUCGGCCAACAGCUCUGUUGCUGGUUCCACUAGUUCAUCCCUCUGUGACCACUGGAUCAACAGGUUACCUGGCAGUAGGCCUGCUAGCUUGGCCUCUGGAGCCUCAUCCAGACGUACCUCUCUGGCAUCACUGGCUGAGUCAGUAGAGUUUCCAGUAGAACGUAAUGAAGAUGAUGGAGGAUUCUCUGUCCGCCCUUUUGUGAGGAGCAUUCAGCGUCAAAGCUUGUCCUCCAGGUCGUCCAUAGCUAGCCCUUUAGCCUUCAGCGACAGUGGGAUAAAGCCUUCUUGGUCUCUCUCUGCGAAUCUGCACAUGAGAUCUAACUCGCCCUCACGUUUCUCCUUCGACUCUCGAUGUUCUCCUCCUCUAGAGAGGAUAGGCGAGGCCUGUGAUGACAAAGUUUCCACGUCCUGUUUUGGCAGCUACAGUAGACAUGAACGCUACUUUGGCAGCAGGACUCCCCUGUCUAUGAUGGAGAGCAACGUCAGUGACCAGGACAACAAUAAAAGGUUCCUAGACAUGAUGUACUGCAGGGCUCCCACUCCAGUGGAAAAGAAGAGCACCAAAAAUGAGGCAACUGAAAACAACAACCAGAUUACAGCUAUAGACCAAAACAUUCUACCCGCCCAAGCUACCCCCUCCAAAGAACAGAAACGUAAGAGCAGUAUCGGAGGAUUCGCUUUAAAGGCAGAAAGCACAGGCUCCGCGAAGAGUUCCAGCAAAGUGCAAGAGAAAACGUCCAAAAAACGUUUGUGCUCAACCCAUAAGACCUGCACUGCUGAGACUUCUUCCAGUACACCUGUGAAAGGCAAAAAGGCGAGCAAUACUAAAGAAAAGAGUGUAAAUGCCAAGAAAAGCACCUCAACACCCGGUGGAACUCCCUCCAAAACAAAGGAGGCAACUCAACCCCUAGAUGUGACGCUGCAACGUAAGCCAUUCGUCCGCUCCACACCUCAGUCCUCAGCUUCUCCCUCGCCAACUGCAAAGAAGAAUUCCAGUGUCACUGAGAAAAGCACCACGAGUAGCCAGAAAAGGCUGUUAGAAAGGAGCUACAGCAGAGAUUCUAUGCACACUAGUCCCCUGGUUGACAGUCUCCGCGGCAGCUUGGUAGCGCGCUCUUCGCUGUCUAAGAGUGGGGAAAGCAACCGGCCUGAGAGGAGAUCUGUGAGGAGCUCCAGCAGCAGCUCUUCUGUCACUAGCCUGCGCUCACCCAGCGUAUCCACCAGAGACCUGCAGCGCAGCAGCAAAUCUGAGGAAAAAGGGUUGUCUUUCUUCAAGAGUGCCCUCCGACAAAGGGAAAGCCGCCGGUCGGCUGAUUUAGGAAAAAGCACCCUGCUUGCUAAAAAGUCCUCAGAGAGGACAUGCAAGCAAAAUGGACAAGCCAAGGACAUCGGUGGUGAUACUGGAAAGACAGGAGACGCUGUGUCUUCAAAGACAUCUAUAGAGACUCGUGGAGGUGAGACAAAGUCAGAGACAAAGGAGUCUUCCAAGCCCCCCAGCUCUCUCAGUCGCACUCUAUUAAACGUUGGCAAGUCCAAGUCUUCCACUUCUGAAGUAAGUCUCAAGUCUCCCUCUAACGGGAAGAAGCCUCUUGAAAGGAUGGCAUCUUCCCGAAAGCUGUCCUCAAGCAUGCAAUCUCCUGCACGUACAACAAAGAGGCCUCAAUGAUAUAUCCAUAGUAGUAACAUUGAAUUUACAUAAUGCAGCUAUUUUCUUUGUGCCUAAGUUUCAGUGCGCACCAGACGUAUUUGCAAAGAGACACAUUUUUGAUGUUAUGGUUUUGCACACUGGCAUCAGAUACAUAUGCUGGCUUUGAGGUUUGAAUAUUGGCAGCCAGCCUUGAGUAUUUUUUGCUGUACUGGAUAAAAAGUAAAGUACUGUACAUCUGCAUAUUUGGGUGCCAAACAGUUGCUUGGUAUGCCGCCAGUUCGUUAGAUUUUAAUGCAGUGUGUAUUGUUACCAGUUACGCCUAUUGAGCAUUAGGUAUGGUCUUGAUGCGAGCGAGACCAUCGCUUGACACAUUAGAUGUUUUCUGGCGAGGAAGGUACUUGCAGCAUAAUCUGUUUGAUUGUGUGUACUGAAGGCUUAUAUGACAGCUGACAGAAUUCCCUGUUGGAAUCUUGAAAUCCAAUGAACUCUCCUUGUUAUAAGAAGCUUGUUAUAUCUUUGAAGCGCUGCAAACAUUACGUUUAGUUUGCUUGUAAAAUAUCCUGCUGAUGAAACCAUAUUUAAAAUGCAGCAGCUUGUGCAUAAAAGAAAGUAAUCGCGUAUGAAGCAUUUUCACCUUGUAUGUACCUACGAUGCAUAAUUUGUUUUGUAGAAUUAACAUUAUUUAGAGUGAGAUGGAAAUGAGAUGACUUUUGAUGCAUUAACCUCACUGCUGUUCUAUAAGCAUUUAAUCCUCAAAAGUAGUGAGAACAGAACCGUAACAUCAAAAAAAGUCUCUGGACAAACACUGAAACUGAGUUGAUUCUCACACCUAUACGCACACACAUACAAAAGAGUUUCAUUCCGAAAUAAUAGUGGCUAAGCGUUCACAGUAGUUCUUAUUGAUUGUUUUAAGCCGAUCAAUCAGAUCAGAUGAUUUUAAAACCCCCCGAUUACGAACAUUAAAAUCAUAGACAUACAGAGGUGAUGGCAACCCCUGGACCAAAACGGAAAAGGAUUUGAGAUGAGAAGGAAUUAGAAUCGGUACACACAUUGAGACAAGUUGUCAAAUAUUUGAAAAGUUUAUUUUUGUUUAAUACUAGUACUUUUUUGAUAGAAAUAUAUAUUUUAUCAAAUGCAUAUGGAAGUUGUGUUUUGGAAUGAAACCCUUUUAAAAUGAAAGAAAAUAAAUACACACACAUUUAUGUGUCCGUACAGAUAUUAAAAAACUAUAUAGUAUAUAACCCAUUUUGUCCUUUCCAUGAGCAACGUGAAAAUGAUCUAAAGCGCCUUUCAAUAGUGUACAUGGAAACAAAUAAUUGCCUUUGGCAACAUAGUAGUCUACUACUGUAUGCAUCACUGAGUAGGAAUGUUGUAUUGUUCGCACUUUGUAUCGAUAUGUAGUUUUCUUUUACCCAGAACAGUCAUAUAUGCACACACACACACACACACACACACACACACACACACACACACACACACAAUGUAAUGCAAUUAUCUCAUUUUUAAUAUGUGGUCAUGAUUUUAAGACAUAUCGUAAAGUAGUGUCAACAGGCCUUAGACUUCAAAUGGUUAAAGGGUACAUUCAUUUCAAUGUUUCAGGGGUCAUUUUAAAGAAAUCACCUCUUUACUACACCUGGUGCUGAAACAGACCGAUGGUCCUCUGACACUGAUAUUUCUUAAAUGAGCAUAUUUUCAAUUGCUAAUGUUCAGAACUGUGACCACACACUUCAGUGAGCCAGAAACCUGUUUGCAGCAGUUAUCAUGACUGCGGUACCUCAUUGCAGAAGACAAUGUAAUUUUUCUUUCUUCAUCAGCCUGAAACAGAAUAUUGAUAAUGAGCCAUUUCAUAAAUAAUAGAACUCCAUUUAGGCCUAUACUGUCUCAAAGCAGUUGUUCAAGUAUGGAUGUGUAGGCUGAAUUUUUCUCAACUAUCAGACACUGCCUGGUAUAUUUCUUUUGCAGUACAAUGAGGCAAAGGCAGGAUAUUGAUACUGCAGCUGUCGUGAUGUUUGCUGGCCUCGUUUUGAACAAUCAGUUAUCAUUGAAUUACCCCACAUGCUGUUGCAAUACAUACAUUGCAACAGCAUCAUACAUUAGAUACCAGCAUUAGUGUGUUUUUAAUGAUUGAAUGUGUUUAUGCCAUUAAACUCCAACCAUUAGUAGGUUUAUACUUUAAACAUAAUCUGACUUAUAGAUCUAUAGUAUUUCACUUAACUGUUUCUCUGUAGCAUCUACCAGGUUUACAUUGGUUCUCAGAUGGUUUCAUAAGAAAUACCACUCAAUUUAAACAUGCAUGUAUGUUAUUUAAAUGGCCUGUGCAUGGUUUGAGCAAAAAAUGGUUCCUUAAUGGGCCUGGCUUAGAAUUUGUGAAGUUGUUUUGGGUCAGAGAGGCUUUGUUUUUGGAGUAACCAGUCCAAACUAAUUUUUCACAUCUCAUGAUGUAAAAAGUUGAAAAGCAAGUUGAAUGCUAUAGUUUUUUUUAACCAGACAUUAUUAUUUGUAUGUUUCAAAAUCAAAGAUUCACAACAAGCUGUUCACCAGGGCACUAUUGGCAGGUAGAAGUGAUAUUUACAGUGACACUAAUUCUACCCAGCAAUGUUUUAUAUUUUAUUUACCAGCGAUUCGUUGUCCACAGAAACAACAAAACCCACGGCAUGACUGAACAUAGUGUCCUUAGCUGUUACUAUGGAGUAGUGGGAAGUUGAUGUGCUGCAGACCUGUGAUAUUGCUGUCUGUGUAUUUAUCACUCAAUAGCUGGCCCGCAGCCUAGUCUCCCUUUUAAUGUCCUACCAUUAUAAAAAAACAUACUAUGUUCAAACUGUCAUGGACUAUAGAAAUAACAUACUGCUGUUUACAUGUGGUGGUAUUCCUGUAGCUGCUCUUUUCUAAUUAAAGUUAGAAUCUAUCAGGAAUCUGUGCAUGGCACUUUGGAUCAAAGCAGGACAAUUUUCAUUUUGGCUUUCACCAUCUUGUUUGCCUGUUUUAAAGUCUGUAAUUAAGUUGUAAUGGCUAGUGUGCGUUUUAGAGCUGGAUCAUGCCAUAACACAUACUUGUUUGUCUAUUUCUCCACUUGCUAAAUAAGUAGUUUAUUGGAUUAAGAAGCCAUUCAUGUAGCCAAAACCCAGUGCAUUAUAGGACUUUUGACCUUUUAUUUGAGUUUUUUUGGACAUUGUAAACAAGGAUCAGUAGACAAUGUCUGGGAUACUGUAUAUUGCUUAAAAUAUUUAAAUAGGGGUCCAAACAAACUUUUUAUGACGCUAUAGAAGAGUAAUGUUUCUGUACAGAACUUAAAGUUGAACUUAACUCCUUAGCCUGUUCCCUUGUUUUCCAACCAUUCUUCAUCCAUAAAGAUUGUAUUUAUAGCCACCACAUUGCCUACCUUUGUGUUUACAACAUGUACGAUGAGAUGAGAUAUGAUGGUUCAUGCAGUAAACUCAUUCAGUAGCAACUUGGUUGUGUUGUACAGUCUAAAUUCGGUAGUAUGUUGCAGAGCUGUUAUAAAAAAUCGUAAUGUAUGAUUUGAAUGUCAAUCGUAUCACCUUGGUCCUAUAUUAUGUUACCGGAACCUGCUGACAAACAUAAAACCUUUUAAAAGUCACUUCCAGUCAUAAAAAAACCCAACAAAACAUUUGUUUUAUUAUGCCCUGGUGGUAGAGCAAUAAUCCAAUAAUCAUCUCAUUCACAUAAGGAAACUGAGAUUUAAAUGACC